AUGCGGAUGCUUCUGCUCUACCUCUUGGUGCUGUUGGGUAUCAAUGACCGCUUUACAGCCACUCAGAGCAGAGAUGCCGAUACGAUCGAAAAUACUGAAGCAACGGCUACAGAUGUUGACGAGGAGGCUCUAUCGGAGGGAAACAAGAGUGAGCCUCUGUAUGAUAAAACUACUUUUGAUAACAUCAAAGAGGCUUUAAAAGCUGAGCGUGGAAUUAGUGAUGUGGUUUUGGCGGUGAUCAACACAUCCACGGUUCUUCGCUGCAGACCUGAUAAGAACUUUUCGAACUCAGACGGACAAAACGGCGUCAAGGACCAAUAA